CAAUCAGAGAGCAGGGGUGUGACGUGGCCCCGCCUUCGUCUGCAGUGAAGGGUUUGACGGUGCCACGGCUAAAAAUUCGGCACCUACAGCGGCGCGGCGAACGUACGGCGGCGAAAUGGCCGCUACGGCUGCAGAAGGGACCGCAUUAGCGGCUGAGAGCAGCGUACCGCCCGCUGAGACGAGCGCGAAAAGCAGUGGGGAGACAGAACGGAGCCUUGACGAACCGGAAACCGAGCAGCCCGGCUGUGUAGAACCGAAAAUGGAAGCGGGCGACGCGGAGGCCGGCGAGGAGAAGCCCGCGGCGGCGGCGGCGGCGGCGAACGAGGCCGCGAGCGAGGCGGCUACGGGCGGCGUCAGCGUGACGGUCCACCCGGAGGCGACCGCCGCAGCCGAGCCGCCGGGUCCACGGCCGGAGCCCCCGCAGAACCCGGGAGACGGCGCCGACGGGCCUCCCGGCGAAAACGCACGGAAAGAAACGAAGGAGGAGCCCGGGGAAGACGGCCGCUGCUCGGAGACGGACGAGAAGAGCAAAGCGGCGUGCGAAGACGGCGACAAGCCCGGCGGCGGAGGCGGGGAGCUGGGCGACAAGAGGCGGCCGAGUGUGGAGAUCUCCUCGUCGGACGGCGAGCCGCUGAGCCGGCUGGACUCGGAGGACAGUAUCAGCAGCACCCUGAUGGAAAUGGAGAGCACGGUGUCCAGCGGACGCUCCACUCCGGCCAUGAUGAACGGGCAGAGCAGCGCCGGCUCCUCCGGGACCAAGACGGUGGCGAACGCCUGCUGCUGGGACCUCUGCCCGCAGUGUUUCAACUCCAGUCCCGACCUGGCGGAGCACAUCCGGGGCAUUCAUGUGGAUGGACAGAGAGGAGGGGUGUUUAAGUGUCUAUGGAAGGGUUGUAAGGUGUAUAACACGCCAUCCACCAGCCAGAGUUGGCUCCAGAGACACAUGUUGACCCACAGUGGGGAUAAGCCUUUCAAGUGUGUAGUUGGCGGAUGCAACGCCAGCUUUCCUUCCCAGGGAGGCCUGGCUCGUCACGUACCCAGUCACUUCAGCCACCAGAGCUGCUCGAAGAUGUCCAGCCAGGCCAAACUCAAGGAGGAGUCACCUUCCAAGGUUGGACUCAACAAGAGAAAGAAACUCAAGAACAAACGCAGGUGCUCCCUACCGAGGCCCCACGACUUCUUCGAUGCUCAGACCAUGGAUGCUAUUCGCCACAGGGCCAUCUGUUUGAACCUCGCCACCCACAUUGAAAGUGUGGGAAAUGGCCACAGUGUGGUUUUCCACAGUACGGUGCUAGCCAGAAGGAAAGAGGGAUCAGGCAAGGUCAAGGUUCUCCUGCACUGGACGCCGGAGGACAUAAUUGAACUUACUGCGCCUGUCAUCACUGGAAGCUUCAAGGCCUCAAGCUUCCUAUCAGUUCAAAGUAGAAGGCAGGUCUCGGCUCUGCCAGACGUCCCUGGUAGCUCUCCCUGCAGUAGACGUCUGUGGCGCAUAAAGCACCCAGCCAAAUAAAAUAAAUCUAUUUGUCUGCAUUUGACUUGUUGUGACUGAAUAAAAUCGUCUCGAUUUAACAGUGUGCACAUAUGUGUGUGUGUGGCUGAGUGUUAUGAUAUUCAACUCUCAGCAGGUCCUACUGUCAUCUGAGCUUUGCCUUUCUAAAGGACACUAACUCACGACUAACCCAAACUUUGAAGCUGCUCGGAAGAGACUGGUUCUCGUCCGGCGAGCGUUCAUCACACGUUGCAGAAUCAGAACAGAGCGUUAUUUGUUAUGUUUAAUAGGCUCUUUUUAAAACGAAAGUGUUCAUCUGUUUUCAAGAAAAUCAGCUUUAACAGAAGCUGCUAUAGGUGGUCCAGGAUGCUGCCUUUGACAUGACUGCUGCUGAUGUUGUUCUUUGCCUGGGCUCAGUCUGAGCCGACAGUUGCAUUUGGCUCUGGGAACUUUAGCACAAACACACAUUAAAACAACAUCCCCGUGUUUGUGUGUGCACGUGUUGAUUAAAACAUCACAGCCUCGCCGUCUGUGACGCUAAGAGCGUCUAAUCAGCCGUGGGUCAGAUAGUGAGGCCGCAUUAUUCUUUGUUUAUCAAUGAAAACCUGACGGAUUAGCUUUAAAGCAGCAUGACGUGUGGGAUUGUAUUAGGUCAAAUACACUUCUUUGCUUCUCUGAGCCUCUUAAUAUUAUCUGGCCCCACCCUGCAGGCACUUACACGCCAUACAUGGGUUUGCAGCAACUGUAUAUUAAUAGGAAGAACUUUUCCCUGCCUUCCCACCUUUUCAUUCUUUCCGUCUCUCUCUCUUCCCAUUCUUUCCUCGUUGGGUUUCUCUUCUCUGCCCCUUUUGUUCCGUCUUUACCUGCAUUCCGCUGAGCUGCAUGUGAAGCAGUACCUGCACACAGCCCACUGAAUGGGCGCAGUAGGCAUGUGAAUAGCUGAUUUGGCUGGGUGACAGCCUGCUUAACUGCUGCCUGCUGUGUGUGUGUGUGUGUGUGUGUGUGUGUGUGUGUGUGUGUGUGUGUGUGUGUGUGUGUGUGUGUGUGUGUGUGUGUGUGUGUGUGUGUGUGUGUGUGUGUGUGUGUGUGUCUGGAUCUCUGGGGGCUCCUGCGAUGACGCACGUAGUGACGGGGGGAAUGCUGGGGGUGGAGACAAGGGAGGCGCAGUUAACUCGCUAAGCUCUUUGUUUCUCCGCUCUGCACCUCCACUCGCUGUGCCAGUGCUGGCACGUUCCCUGCUGUCACAUGGGGAUCGUGCUGCUGUGGGUACAGUAAGGUGCAGACGAGCAAUACAGUUACAACAUGUGCACCACAUCUGUGUCUCAAAGCGAUGAAACACCACACUGAUCCAAUACACACUCACCAGUUUGAGUUUUAGCUGCACAUCUGGACAAAGCAUAAUAAAUAAGGUGUGUUACAGUAUAUAUGUCUUUAGGUCUUUACACCAAUGUGCACGUGUCAAUCCCAGUUCUUUGGUCAAGGCCGUGUUACUUAUGGAAGUGUACUCUGUUCAGAGGAAAGUGUUAACAUGUGCCGUGGACUCAAUGAGGCUCUUUGUGCAUCACUCUGGCCCCAUCCCAUUCAGCUUCACUCCCUCUGCACCACCUUUUCUUUUCCUCUUUGUUAGAGUCCAAAUACUCACCCUGUGUGUGUGUGUGUGUGUGUGUGUGUGUGUGUGUGUGUGUGUGUGU